CCGGGCUGUGGCUGCUGGCUGGGCACCGGACGUCUGCCACCAUGUCCCUGGCGGCCUCCGCAGCCCGGGGCCCCGGGGCCCUGUGGUCCCCAACGCACGUGCAGGUGACGGUGCUGCAGGCGCGGGGCCUGCGGGCCAAGGGUCCGGGGGGCACGAGCGACGCGUACGCGGUGAUCCAGGUGGGCAAGGAGAAGUACGCCACGUCGGUGUCGGAGCGCAGCCUGGGCGCGCCGGUGUGGCGCGAGGAGGCCACCUUCGAGCUGCCGCCGCUGCUGUCGUCCGGGGCGUCCACCGCCACCCUGCAGCUCACCGUGCUGCACCGCGCGCUGCUCGGCCUCGACAAGUUCCUGGGUCGCGCUGACGUGGACCUGCGGGAGCUACACAGCGACCAGGGCCGCAGGAAGAAGCAAUGGUACGCCUUGAAGUCCAAACCAGGAAAGAAGGACAAAGAACGAGGAGAAAUCGAGGUGGACAUCCAGUUUAUGAGAAACAACAUGACUGCCAGCAUGUUUGACCUCUCCAUGAAAGACAAGUCUCGGAAUCCAUUUGGAAAACUGAAGGACAAGAUCAAAGGGAAGAACAAGGACAGCGCAUCAGACGCCACGUCAGCUGUCGUCCCCAGCACCACACCUUCGGUCGACAGUGACGAUGAGUCCUUCUCAAAAGACAAGAAAAAGAAAUCAAAGAUCAAAACUUUGUUUUCCAAGUCAAAUUUGCAGAAAACACCACUUUCUCAGUCCAUGUCAGUCCUACCUACUUCAAAGCCAGACAAAGUGCUGCUUCGUCCUGGGGACUUCCUGUCCCGGUGGGACGAUGACGACAAUGAGGAUGAGUCCUCCUCCGCCUCAGAUGUCAUGACCCACAAGAGAACAGCAAGUGCAGACCAUAAGCAACUGAACCAGAUCAACUUCAGCCUUCCCAAGAAAGAAGGACUCUCCUUCCUUGGGGGCCUUCGGGCCAAGAGUGACUCCCUUUCCCGCUCUAACGUCUGUAUCAAUGGGAACCAUGUUUACGUGGAGCAGUCAGAGGCCAGGCGUGAGACCAAAGACAGCAGCCCUUCUGAUUCCCCGUCCCCGCAGGGCUUCCGAAAGAAGCAUUUGUUCUCCUCCACUGAAGACCUGGCUGCUCGGCCUCCAAAGGAGCCCGGGGAAGGCGGCGCGUCUCCUGACAGGUGGAAGUCUGACCCUUCCACCAAGUCCAUGUCUUUGCCAUCCUACCGACCUCUGGCUGGUGGGGACAUCAGAGAAAACAUGGCUCCAGAAAACCGAGAGGCUACAAAAGAAACAAAAGACAGCAAGAAGCAGGAGAGCAAGAAGUCUUCUUUGCUUUCUCUGGUGACGGGAAAGAAAGAUGCUGCCAAGGACAGUGAAGGCGAAAGUCUUCCCACUGUUCUGGAGAAGGAGAAGGCAGGCUCGCUUGCAGAAGCCCAGCUGAGAAAGGAAGACCUCGCAGGAAGGUCUGAGAAAGACACUGCAUCUGUUGCGUCCAGGCAAGGCAGCUCCCCGGACCGCUUUGAAGAUGUGUGCAUGUCAGGACCAGAAGCUGGACUGGCAUCUAAGCCUGAACUCAAGCCCCCAGUUCCUGCUGCAAGGACUCUCCAGACCAAAGCUGUGAAGCCUCGACUGCAAGUGUCUCCAGAGGCUCAACCCAAGGCCAGGCUUCCUUCCCCCGACUCUGCCCUUCUGUUUGCUGCCCUUCUUUCUGGCUCUGCUCAGGCACCUGUCAUUUCUGACUUGAGAUGUAAUUCAGAGGCACAGUCCUCUGAAAGUCUUUCUGUCUUCUCUUUCCCAUCUCCCACAGCAGCCCCUAUUUCUACAUCCACUCCCGUUGAACACUGGCCCCCCACAGGCAGGGAUGAGGCCUGUUCUGAAGAGUGCUCUUCACUUCUUAAAGCAGUCUCUCAAAAGGAGAGUUUAACACCAGCUCCAAACACUGGCUCUGCCUUGGGAUCAUUUUGCAAACAACUACCCAUCCCACUGCAGAAAGGGACGGAAGAGUCAUCAGGGGGUGAGCCCAGGGAGACAGACUCAGGGAAUGAAGCCAGCAGUGACGAGUCAGGAAGGUAUCUCAUGGGGCAGCAGGAAGAACUGUGGGUUCCCUCCCCAGAACAGCACUGGGUGCCCUCACCUGAAGAGGGGGAGGGAGUAGCCUCUGCACUUCUGCUCAAGGGCAGCGGGAUCACAAGCCUUGCUGAAAAGCCUCCCACUGGAGGAAAUAUGAACUCUGAGGUUCAGCCUAGAUCUUUUAUGGAGAACAAUGUUAGCAAUGGCGGAAUGACUUCUGCAGUCAAAGAAGCAACACCCCCCCUUGAAGAGGAAGGGGCGGUACCCCCAUUUGACAGCAUAGUGCAGAAGCAUGAAGAGAUGGAUCUGAAUGCCAGCGGGGGCCAAAAGAAAGCCAAGAAGCGUGUGUCCUUUUCCAAACAGCUCUUUGUGGAGGGAGAGGCAGGGAAAUCCCCUGGGCCUGGGGCGGAGGACAGCCAGCACCUGAUGCAGGAGGGGGCUGCUGCUGCUGGAGCCGUGUCCAGUGCAACGUUUCCUGCAUCUCCCCACACAGAGGGCACAGAGAAGGAACUUGUAACCACAGACGCUCAGCCCACCAUCCGCUCCCUUGAAGAGAGUUUUGCAGAAGGCCCCAGCCCAGCAAGAGGCACCCAACUCUUCAGGAUGGAGGAGGACGAUGCCAUUAUGGCUCGGUCUCAGAGCAAAGCCAGUGAUCAUGAAGGCCUGCUGUCUGACCCCCUCACUGGCCUUCCAUCUUCCUCGGAUGUGAAAUCUCCCAUUGUGGCUGAUCUGAACCUGUCCCUCCCUUCCAUUCCUGAAGUGGCAUCUGAUGAUGAAAGACUAGAUGAGGCUGGCGAUGUCAGGAAGGCCGAAAAGCCAGUUCAUCCAGAAGCAGGCACUUCGUCCUUGUGCUUGUCACCACCCUGCCCUGAGAAGGCAGACAGGAAAAGUGGCAGGGCAGGGGGGUCAGUAUCUGAGGAGGAUCUGGAUGACUUCAGGCCGAAAACUCCCAAAGCAGCUCCUUCCGAGCAGACGGCAGUGUUAGGAAUUCUUAAACCACAUCUUGGCAAGAGCUCUGGUGUGGAUAAGCAGCUGCCAGGUUCUGGUGCUGGCGAGGAAGAAAAUUUGAAGGGAAGUGGGAGACCAGGUCCGCCUUUCUGCACACCCCUGGGCUCUCCUGUGCCUAGCCCCUCCUUCUCUGAGACCUUUCCUGCCGCCCACUCUUUCCCCAGUUCUCCCCAUUCUGACAGUCACCACACCACAUCACACCAUAUAGAAGAGUCUCAAAAAAAAUCACCAGACGGCUCCGCUGGUAAAAUAGAAAAUUUUGGCAAGAGGAAGCCGCUCCUACAAGCCUGGGUCUCACCCUCAGAGACACAUCCAGUCUCAGCUCAGCCAAGCGCUAGAGCUGGGGCAGCCAAGCACAGACUUCAUCCUGUGAAGCCAAUGAACACAACAACCACCAAGACAACAAACUCCAGUUUGGGAACUGCUACCAUCAUCAGUGAGAACCUGAUCAACGAAGGCCCGAUGAAGAAAUACGACCCCUCAGAUCCUGCCUUCGCCUAUGCACAGCUGACCCAUGAUGAGCUGAUCCAGCUGGUCCUCAAACAGAAGGAAACCAUCAGCAAGAAGGAGUUUCAGGUUCGUGAGCUCGAAGACUACAUCGACAACUUGCUAGUCAGAGUCAUGGAGGAGACCCCCAACAUCCUCCGCAUUCCGGCUCAGCUCGGCAAAAAGGCGGGAAAAGUUUGAACCAGAAGGAACCACUGAGAUGAUUCAUGAGCUUGUUUCCACCUCCUCUUGAGGGCAAAGACAUGGUCUGCCUAAUCACCAGCCCGCAGGCUCCAGAUCACCACCUCCCUUGUGUGUUAUCUAUCAAGAGUUCUUCCAGUUGAAGCCAGGUUGAUUAUUACAAUGACUCUUUCCCUGUACAUUUCCAGGGUUUUAUUUUUAAAUGCCACUGUGCCUUUAACUAGGUUGUAAAUACCAAGAUUAGAUCCUAAACCAGAGAUUCAGAUGGCUCAGACGAACUGUAACACUGGGGUUGUCUUCUUUGAUACUGAGAUUUUCAAGUAUAUCCUCCAGCCGUGAAACCUUGGUGAGAUGAUCGGAUCUUGGCCUUUGAGCAGCUCAGGUGUCACUCUUUGCCUGCAAACGCUAAAUUUUUAUAUCAUGUUUUGUUUUGUUUGGGAUUUUUGUUUCUUGGGGUUUUGUUUUUAAGAUAGAAUGUGCUUGCUAUAUAGCCGAGGCUAACCUUCAACUUCUGACCUCCCUGCUUCCAGUUCCCAAGUGCUGGGAUCUCUACUGUGUACUGCCCUGCGCAGCUCUAACUUGGUUUGAUUCCUUUUGACUGGAGCAGAGCUGUUUAGAGAAAGCGCUAAGCAUGUUUCUUAGAUUUUGAACAAACUGCCUCUUCCAAUUCCCACUACCUUCUAGCCUUAAAAAAUGUGCUCUGAGCCAGGUGUGGUGGCCCAUGCCUUUAAUCCCAGAACUUGAGAGGCAAAGGCAGGCGGAUCUCUGUGAGUUCAAGGCCAGCCUGGUCUACAUAGUGAGUUCUAGGCCAGCCAGGGCUACAU